CUAGAACUGAGUCAUCUCUGAUUCCUUACCUGCUUUGUGAUCUAUAAUCAAAAUAAGCUUUCAUGGAGGCAGUUCAUGGAAACUCAAAUCUGGAAACUAAGAAGGGUAAGCGAUUGAUUUUGUUUCCAGCACCUUUACAGGGCCAUAUAAACCCCGUGAUUCAACUAGCCAAUAUUCUUCAUGCCAAAGGAUUUGAUAUCAUCAUUGUUCACACCAAAUUUAACUCCAUUGACCAAUCAAAAUACCCUCAUUUCACCUUCCACUCCAUCCAAGAUGGCUUGCUGGAACACGAAGCUUCCACAUCAGAUGUCGUGGAUCUCAUGAUAAAGCUAAACGGCAAUUGCGUCCAGCCCUUUGGUGAAUGCUUGGCCAAUUUAUUGUCAGAUGGUCAAACAAAGCCUGUAAUAUCAUGUUUAAUCAUUGAUAGUUUCUGGUACUUCACUCGGGAAUUGGGUGACAGAUUCAAGCUCCCUAUUCUUGCAUUUAGGACCGUCAGUGUUUGUUCAGCUCUAGCUUUUAACUCGCUUCUGCUUUUUCAGAAACUCGGAUAUCUAUCAAAACCAGAUUCUGAGUUAGAAGAAGAAAUACCCGAGUUUCCGCCCCUCAGAAUGAAAGACAUUCCGGUGAUAAAGUCUAGAUAUCCCGAUGGUAUAUUCAAGCUAAUAAGCAGCAUUCUGGAAAGUAACAGGGCAGCAUCAGGGCUUAUCUUCAACUCAUUCAGGGAGCUCGAAGAACCGGCACUGACGAAAAUAAGUCAAGAAUGUCAAUCUCCAACAUUUGCAAUAGGCCCAUUCCUCAAAUAUUUUCCGGCCUCACCAAGCAGUUUAAUGGAGCCUGAUCAAAGUGCGAUCCACUGGCUCAAUAAACAAGCUCCCAAAUCCGUUAUCUAUGUUAGUUUUGGAAGUACUGUUCAUCUGAAUGAAGCCCAAAUGUCGGAAGUGGCGUCAGUGAUAGCCAAUAGUGUGCGGCCUUUCUUAUGGGUGGUUAGGCCUGGAUUGGUGCGAAAUUCAUUUAGGGUUGAGAAUUUGCUCAAUGGUUUCUUGGAGGCAGUAAAUAGAAGGGUACAUAUUGUGAAUUGGGCACCACAACAAGAAGUAUUAGCUCAUCCUGCUAUAGGGGGUUUCUGGACUCAUUCGGGCUGGAAUUCGACAUUGGAAAGUAUAUGUGAAGGGGUUCCAAUGAUAUGUUCCCCUUUCUAUGGUGAUCAGCUGAUAAACUCCCGAUUUGUUAAUGACGUUUGGAAAAUCGGUCUGCGUGUGGAGAAAGGAUUGGUAAAGGGAGAGAUAGAAAGGGUGAUUGAAAGAUUAAUGGAUGAAAAAGAAGGGAAAGAAAUAAGAGAAAGGGUUUUAUCUUACAAGGAGAAGAUCAAUGCCUGUACAGAAGAAGGUGGUUCUUCUCAACAGUCAUUGCAGGGCCUUAUUGAUCGCAUCUUAUCCUUCUGAUCUAAGGGAUGCAUUUUUAUUUUUAUUUUUUCUGUCUUUUGUUUUUUUUUUUUUUCGUUACAUAAGGGAUGCAUUUUUAUUUGGAUUGUAAUCCGUUGUCCUAAUACAUUAUUGCAAAAAAAAGAAUUGACAGGUUUCAUGUUAAAUUCAUGGAUAUAUGUUAAGAAAUCAAAUAUCCAACUAUGUCCUAAACAUCAAGUACUCUGUUUGAGUGACCCG